UCCAGAAUAAGGGCUCGGUCAGUUGGUGAUAUACUUUUUGAGGAAAGGCUGGUUCCUGAGGAUUUCAAAAUCGGGGGAUAUCAAAUUAAAGCAAUUCAUUGGAAAAAGCCAAAAAAUUAUCUCAAGAUGAAUGUGGAUGCAAGCUAUUUACCUGGUAAAGCAGGAGAUGGAGCGAUUGUGGGGAAUCAAGAGGGAGUUCUGAUACUGGCCAUGUCAUUUCCGAUUCUUGCCACUUCGAGUUUAGAAGCUGAGGUUAUGGCAGUUGUAGAAGCUACGCGAUGGGCGAUAUCGGCUAGGAUUGAAACAAAUCUAAUUAAAAAUGCAUGUCUAAUUAUUUGUCGACUAAAAUGUUCCCGUAUCUUUCAUGAUGUACUUUGUAUAAUUUUACCGUCAUUAUAUUCUUGAUGUACACAAAAGGUGUAUACAUUUGACAUACUCUCUUGUGUACAUCAACAAUUGUUGUCUUUUUCUAAACAAGCUGACUUUGUGCAC